AUGGUUCCUACUGGCAUUGGCGUAGCUCACUUACCGAACCAGCGACAUAAAAUUGUGGCCAAGCGUGGCGCGAAUUUUACCCUGAUGGUUUGCGGUGAAAGUGGAUGUGGAAAAACGACGUUUGUAAACACCCUGUUUACGACCACCAUCAAGGAUCCGCGCAAAGUCGAGCACCGACACAAGACUACAAGCACAAGCAGCAGGAGCAGCAGCAACGACCGUACAGUCGAGAUUGAAAUCACGCAAGCCGAGCUGGAAGAAAGCAUGUUCAAGGUCAAGCUGACGGUCAUUGAUACGCCUGGCUUUGGCGACUAUGUCAACAAUUACGACAGCUGGUCGCCUAUCGUAGACUUUGUCGAUGACCAGCACGAGAGCUACAUGCGUCAGGAGCAGCAGCCAAGUCGCAACGGGAUCAUUGAUCGCCGUGUGCAUGCUUGCUUGUACUUUAUUCGGCCGACUGGACACAGUCUCAAGCCUUUGGAUAUCGAAGUCAUGAAGCGAUUGGGUUCGCGUGUCAAUCUGAUCCCGGUGAUUGCAAAGGCGGAUACUCUGACCCCGAAAGACCUUGCAGCAUUCAAGCAGAAGAUUAUGGAUGUGAUCAAAGCCCAAGACAUCCGAGUGUACAGCUGUCCCAUCGACAGUGACGACGAAGGCACGACGCAAUGCAACCGCGACAUUAUGGCAGCGAUGCCAUUCUCCGUGAUCGGCUCAACACAAAUCGUGCGUACACCUGAUGGACGCGACGUUCCCGGCCGUGCCUACUCAUGGGGUGUGGCCGAAGUCGAGAACGAGCAACAUUGCGACUUUAAAAAGCUACGCAACCUGAUUAUCCGGAGCCACAUGCUGGAUCUCAUUUCCACGACAGAGGAAACGCAUUACGAGAGUUAUCGGCAGCAACAGAUGGCUGUGCGCAAGUUUGGCGAGCCCAAGCAGGCCAAGGGUGAGAACCGGAAGCAUCGUGACAAGGAAGAUUUGUUGCGCAAGAACUUUACCGAACAGGUCAAGCAAGAAGAAACUCGGUUCCGGAAAUGGGAGCAACAGCUCAUGGCAGAGCGUGAUCGUCUCAACAAGGAUCUGGAGGAGCAGCAUGCUGCUAUCAAGGCUUUGGAAGGCGAACUGGACUCAGUGUACCGUGGUGCUAUGCGAAGAUAA